AUGGCAAGUCCAUCGCCAUCGUCAUCUCCUAUGCCACCACCGCAAGCUCCGAGUCCAAUGGGCCCGCCACAAGCUCCGUCGCCGUCAAACCCACAGGGAAGUCCGAUGGGACCUCCGCAACAUCAUCCUCACAGUCCGACUCAAGGAUAUCCUGGUGGUCCUCCUCCACCUCCUGGCCCGGGACCUGGACCUGGUGGACCGCCUAUGUCGCAACCGCCUCAACCGCCGUCUCAGCAGCAAAAUUAUCCACCACAUCCGCAUCAAAUGCCUCCUAACAUGGGACCCCAGGGUCCUAUGGAACCUCCACCAGGGUCUCAGGGUCCUGGAGGACCCAUGAUGCAAGGACAGAUGUCAGGACCUCCAAAUUCAGGUCAUAUGGGGCCAAAUCAAAUGGGUGGUCCGCGUGGUCCUUCCCAUAUGGGUCCUGGGCCUAACCAAAUGGGACCUGGAGGUUUGAAUCAAAUGGAUUCAGAAGGUGGGCCAGGUCCAAUGUUUCCAGGUGGUUCUCGGGCCAUGGGACCGGGAGGGCCGAACCAAAUGGGACCUGGGCCAAAUCAAAUGGGACCUGGAGGACCUAAUCAAAUGGGCCCAGGAGGCCCAAAUCAAAUGGGACCGGGAGGACAGAUGGGUCCAGGUCACAUGGGUCAGCCAGGAGGUCCACCAGGUCCGUUACACAUGCAAGGAGGACCUGGAGGGCAGAUGGGUCCAGGAGGUCCCAGUAAUCACAUGCCCAGUGGGCCAGGGCAUAUGUCAGGGCCUCCACCUCCAGGACAUAUGAACUCAGGACCGGGCCACAUGGGAUCUGGGCCUGGACCGAUGCCACCAGGCCCAGGACACAUGAAUCCAUCAAUGCCUGGUGGUCCUCCGGGUCCUAUGCCUGGUGGUCCAUCGAUGGGCCCAGGUGGUCCACCCAAUAUGUGUCCGCCAGGUCAAAGUCACGGUGCUAAUGGACACUCCCAGAUGAAUAUGAGUGGUCCAGGGAGUCAAAUGAACAUGAGACCUGGUGGUCCAAGUGUUCUUAUGAAUAUGGGAGGUCCCAAUGCUUCUGGACCAGGUCCAGCUGGGCCAAUGGGUCCUAAUUCUGGACCUGGAAACCAAAUGGGACCUGGCGGACCGAUGAUGCCUGGGUCGGGACCCAAUCAGAUGCCUCCAGGUGGACCUGCGAAUCAAAUGGGACCUGGAGGACCCUCACCGAUGAGCGCUAAUAAUUCUGGAGGCCCAGGUGGACCUGGUGGACCGCCAGGACCUCCAGGAAUAGGUCCGAUGCCGCCAGGAGCUCAAAAUCAGUCGCUGGGGCCAAUGGGACCUGGAGGACCAGGUAAUUCAAUGCCUCCGGCUCCUGGUGGUCCACCUGGUGGCUCUGGAACUGGACAAGAAAAUCUCAAUGCUCUGCAAAAAGCCAUCGACUCAAUGGAAGAAAAAGGUCUCCAAGAAGACCCUCGGUACUCACAAUUACUAGGUCUUCGUGCUCGAGGUCAAAGUGGAAUGGGGGAUAAGCAAAACUUCAGCUCUCAACAACUCCAACAGCUUCGCGUUCAAAUAAUGGCUUAUCGUUUGCUGGCGCGGAAUCAGCCGCUUUCUCAGCAACUGGCUCUGGCAGUUCAAGGAGCAGCUCCACCACCGGAGCGAGAGAAUCGUGUUGCUGCUCGUAUUGCGCUCCGUAUAGAACAACUGAGCAAUUUGCCUACUAAUAUGCCAGAGGAUUUACGAAUUAAAGCUCAAAUAGAGUUAAGAAUGCUGCGUGUACUUCAUUUACGACGUCAACUUUGUUCUGAAAUAUUAGCAUCUACUCGUAAGGAUACGACUCUUGAGACAGCGGUUAAUUUCAAAGCUUACAAACGUACUAAACAUCAAGGAUUACGUGAAGCUCGUGCUACUGAAAACUUGGAAAAACAACAGAAACUUGAAGCAGAACGCAAACGCCGUUUGAAGCAUCAAGAAUUUUUGACCUCUGUUUUGCAACACAGCAAAGAUUUCAAAGAAUUUCAUCGUAAUAAUGUUGCUAAAUUGUCACGAUUGAACAAAGCAGUGAUGAAUUAUCACGCGAAUGCUGAGCGUGAACAGAAGAAGGAACAAGAGCGUAUUGAGAAAGAACGUAUGCGUCGUUUGAUGGCUGAAGACGAAGAAGGAUAUCGUAAGCUUAUUGAUCAGAAAAAAGACAAACGGUUGGCAUUCUUGUUGUCACAAACUGAUGAGUAUAUUAGUAAUCUAACUGAAAUGGUCAAGCAGCACAAAAUGGAGCAGAAACGGAAGCAAGUUGAAGAGCAGAAACGCAAGAAGAAGAAGAAAAAGUUGGAGGAUGGUGUUCCGGUUAAUGAAGAUGGUACUCCGGCUGAGGAUACACGGGUUCGUGUUAUUGAAGUAAGCACUGGACGUACAUUGACUGGGGAAGACGCACCGCUGAUGAGUCAAUUAAAUGCUUUUAUGGAGUCUCACCCGGGUUGGGAAGUUAUUGAAUCUGAUAGCGAAGAUGAAGAGGAAGAAGAGGAAAAUGUAUCUGAACAAAAAGCUAAAACCAGCGAGUCGGCAGCUGCUUCUGAUAAGACUGGUGACUCUGGUAAUAAUGAUACGAAAAAAUUAAAUAAAGCUAAAGUCGAGGAUGAUGAGUAUAAAACUGAAGAGCAGACUUAUUACAGUAUUGCACAUACAGUGCAUGAAACUGUUACUGAACAAGCCUCUAUUAUGGUUAAUGGAGUACUCAAAGAGUAUCAGAUAAAAGGUCUCGAGUGGUUGGUGUCAUUGUUUAACAAUAAUCUCAAUGGUAUUUUAGCUGACGAAAUGGGUCUCGGCAAGACAAUACAAACUAUUGCGCUCGUAACUCAUCUUAUGGAGAAGAAGAAGGUCAAUGGACCGUUUUUAAUCAUCGUUCCAUUGUCAACACUAUCUAAUUGGGUUCUUGAGUUCGAAAAGUGGGCUCCAAGUGUCGUUGUUGUUUCCUACAAAGGUUCGCCGGCGGGACGACGCGCGAUACAAUCUCAGAUGCGGUCUACCAAGUUCAAUGUACUUUUGACCACCUAUGAAUACGUUAUCAAGGACAAAAGCGUGCUGGCUAAGCUACAGUGGAAGUACAUGAUCAUUGAUGAAGGUCACAGAAUGAAGAAUCAUCAUUGUAAAUUAACACAAGUAUUAAAUACACGUUAUAUAGCGCCACAUCGGUUAUUAUUGACCGGUACUCCUUUGCAAAACAAAUUACCUGAGCUUUGGGCGCUCCUGAACUUUUUGCUACCCUCAAUUUUCAAAUCUGUUAGUACGUUUGAGCAAUGGUUCAAUGCACCGUUCGCUACUACCGGAGAAAAAGUUGAGUUGAAUGAAGAAGAAACAAUUCUUAUCAUCCGCCGUCUUCAUAAAGUACUGCGACCUUUCUUGCUAAGACGUUUGAAAAAAGAAGUCGAAUCUCAGUUACCUGACAAAGUUGAGUAUAUUAUCAAGUGUGACAUGUCUGGUUUGCAGAAAGUAUUAUACAAGCAUAUGCAGAGCAAAGGCGUACUGUUGACUGAUGGUUCAGAGAAAGGAAAACAAGGAAAAGGUGGUGCGAAAGCACUCAUGAAUACUAUUGUACAAUUGCGUAAAUUAUGUAAUCAUCCAUUCUUGUUCCGAACAAUUGAGGAAAAAUAUUGUGAACAUAUAGGCGUUCAGGAUUCACAUACAGUAUCAGGUCCAGAUUUAUAUCGAGCAUCGGGUAAGUUUGAGUUGUUAGAUCGUAUAUUACCAAAAUUGAAGGCAACUAACCAUCGAGUAUUGCUGUUUUGUCAAAUGACACAGUUGAUGACGAUAAUGGAAGACUAUUUAGGCUGGCGUGGUUUUAUGUAUUUACGUUUAGACGGUACAACUAAAGCCGAAGAUCGUGGAGACUUGUUGAAAAAAUUCAACGAUCCUGGCUCACAAUAUUUCUUAUUUUUACUGUCAACUCGUGCUGGAGGUUUGGGUCUAAAUUUACAAGCCGCUGAUACAGUAAUUAUAUUCGAUUCUGACUGGAAUCCUCACCAAGAUUUGCAAGCCCAGGAUCGUGCUCAUCGUAUUGGCCAAAAGAAUGAAGUCAGAGUACUACGUUUGAUCACUGUUAACUCAGUCGAAGAGAGAAUAUUGGCUGCUGCGCGUUACAAGUUGAAUAUGGAUGAAAAAGUUAUUCAGGCUGGUAUGUUUGACCAAAAAUCAACAGGAAGUGAAAGACAGCAAUUCUUGCAGAGUAUAUUGCAUCAAGAUGACGCUGAUGACGAAGAAGAAAACGAAGUGGCUGAUGAUGAAACAGUUAAUCCCAUGAUCGCUAGAUCAGAAGGUGAAAUUGAGAUCUUUGCAAAGCUAGAUCUUGAAAGACGACGUGAAGAAGCUAAAUUAGGUCCUAAUCGAAAACCUCGAUUACUGGAAGAAAUUGAGUUACCUGACUGGUUGAUUAAAAACGACGAAGAAGUCGAACGCUUGACUUAUGAAGAAGAUGAUGAACGAUAUCUUGGACGUGGUUCUCGACAGCGUAAGGAAAUCGACUACACAGACAAUAAUUUAAUCGGAAAAGAGUGGUUGAAAGCCAUCGACGAUGAUGGCGUUGAGUAUGAUGACGAGGAGGAAGACGAUAGGAAGAAGAAAAAAACACGAAAGCGUCGCAAGAGAGGAGAAGAAGAUGAAGAACCAACUCCAAAAAAACGUCGAGGUGGUAGUAGUGGUAGUGGUGCUGGUCCGUCUGUUGAUUCGAAAUUACGUAGGGCUAUGAAGAAAUUACUGAUGGUUGUUGUUAAUUAUACCGACAGCACUGAUGAAGCCUCGCCAAUUCACGAAGAUUCGAUUGUUUUAGGAUCUGUUUUUACAAAUGCGAGACAGAGACUCGAAGCUGAGGGUUCAAUGUCUGAUGAUGGAAAUAACUCGUCUCCAGGCGAGUGCGAUGAUGGAUCUGACGGUGACUCUAGCGUAAGGAUGAAGAUCAAAUUGAAAAGUCGGAAAAGUGAGAGCAGAUCGGGUAGCAGGCGUAAAAGAAUAACGAAGAAGUAUAUUUCUGAUGACGAUGACGAUGUUGAUGAUAAUUAA